AUGGAUAAAGCUAAAUUCUCCGCUCUCUCCCUUCUCACCUCCCUCUCCCUAACCGCCGCCUGGCUCCCCGAAACCGACAAGGAAAUCACCUCUGACUCCGGCACCAACCUCUUUAGCGGCUCGAACGGCAAGAUUCGCGGCGUGAAUCUCGGCUCGCAAUUUGUCUUUGAGCCCUGGAUCGCCGAAUCCGCCUGGUCCGAUCUCGGCUGCAAGGACCAAAACUCCGAGUUCGACUGCGUCUCCUCCCUGGGACAAGAUGCCGCCAACGCGGCCUUCGCGAAGCAUUGGGCCUCGUGGAUCACAGAGGACGAUAUCUCGCAGAUGGUGUCGUACGGACUGAACACAAUCCGCGUGCCGGUCGGGUAUUGGCUGAAAGAGGACCUGGUGUAUAGUGACAGCGAGCACUUUCCGCAGGGCGGCGAGGAGUACUUCAAGAAGGUGUGUGGCUGGGCCAGCGAUGCGGGCUUGUAUAUCAUUGUGGAUCUGCACGGGGCGCCGGGCGCCCAGACGGCUCAAAAUGCCUUCACAGGUCAGUAUGCCGACGAGCCGGGCUUCUAUCAGGACUAUCAGUAUGAGCGCGCGCUCAAGUUCCUCGAGUGGAUGGCCGACAAGGUCCAUGGGGACGAGGCGUAUCGGAACGUGGGCAUGCUGGAGGUGGUGAACGAGCCGGUGCAGAAUGCGGAUCAGACGGCGUCGAUGAGAUCGAGUUAUUAUCCGGAUGCGUUUGACCGCAUCCGCAAGGUCGAACAAAACCUCAACAUCGACAGAUCCAACUACCUCCACAUCCAAAUGAUGGACAAGCUCUGGGGCGCCGGUGAUCCCCACGAGUCCCUUUCGGACGACUACUACGCCGCCUAUGACGACCACCGGUACCUGAAAUGGGCGGACGUGGACGUUUCGCAUGACAGCUACAUCAGCACUUCAUGCAGCGACCAGCUGGACAGCAACAAGCCGACGAUCGUGGGCGAGUGGAGUCUCAGCGUGCCGGAUGACGUGGAGCACACCGACGAAUGGAACCCCGACAGUAACCAGGACUUUUAUAAGCGGUGGUUUGCGGCCCAGGUCACGGCGUACGAGAGGCAGCAGGGAUGGGUGUUUUGGACUUGGAAGAGUCAGUUGGGCGAUUUGAGGUGGUCGUAUCAGGAUGCCGUUGAAGCGGGCGUGAUCCCGAAGGAAUUGAACUCACUGGCUGAUCUGGGAGUGUGCAAUUAG